GCAUCCUCUGGGCCAGCGCCGGGUUUGAAGCUGGCGGCUGCUUGAACGCCUCGCUAACGUUUUUCCCCUGCGCUGGUUCUCUGUAGUUAUCUCUGCUGCCAGUCGUGCUAGUUCCUGGGGCUUUCUUCACAAUCUUAAAAGCAGGUCAGAGCUCGUAACUUUUGAGCGCAAGGGCUCAGCGGCAAGGGUGCCUUGCUCUUGCAGGCCGGGUUAAGUCAACACAAAAAAGGUUUGUUCACCUUGUGCGGUUCCUUUAUAGGAUCCAAGGGACAAAACUGUGUGGUGGUCUUAUUUCUAUUAGAAUCCAUCUUGCAGGAAGGUACACUGUAGUAAUACGUGCAUGCCAGAGCCCGCCACAGACUACAUUAGCUGCCUUUCCACACCUUCUUCUAUUUUUUUUCUCAAUUGGCUGAUCUCUUUAACUAUAUGCCUUUUGCUGUCAGGGGUUUGAUGUAUUAUGAUGCCAUCUCCCACUCUAAAGUCUCCUGAAAACUUGGUUCAGUCCACUUGUAAUUAUGUGAUCCAGAAGCCAGCAUAGCUGGUGUUUCCUCCUGUUUUUCUGCCAUCCCUCCUCUUCAUGCUUCCAGCUGGAGUUGCUCCAAAGUCCUGGAUUUUCUUGCCCUCUGUGGAGAAAUGAAGAGAGAGGAAUUGUAGUGUAUGGAUGUGGAAGCAUUUGUUUUUGAGGGGAUGACCAGAUUUUUUACAAUGUGGUACUGUAUAAAAACAAAUGUUAUGAAGAUGUCUUAUCAGAUAGUAAAGAACAGAAAUCAAACCUGCAGAAUCUAUUGAGCCACCUGUUUGUGCCUUAAUGAGCUGGACAAGAUCGUGAUAUAGGAUGCCAAUAUUGAUCUGUGCUUUGUCUUGGACGUGGCUGAUGUGGAAGAGGGCCUAGGAGGACGCCAAGGGCUGUGUCACUGAUUCUUGACAGCCAGGAACCUGACCAAAACUCUGGCGAAGAGAGAGGAAUGCUUUUCUCCCAGAACCUCCAUUUGUGUUGUCAGCCUCCAUUCCUAGAAAUCUGCAGGCACUAUGGAGGCGAUAGGAAAUCUGAGAUUGCUAGACCCACGUGGCUCCUACUGUUAACUGCUCAAUGCCUGGCAAAGUGGAAGGAACAAAAGUGAAAAUUUUUGACUUUGUGAAAACCUCUGAAAAACACAAAUACAUAGUGCAAGCAUGGAGGGGAAUGCUCAAAGGUGAAAAGCAAAAAAAGCAGAGGGGCCAAGAUGGAGGGCCUCUCCCCAGCCAAGGAGAUGGCAAAGAACAGGCUCGCUCUGUCCCGGAAGCUAGCUAAAGAGAUCUUCAAAACAGCAAGGAAAGCCUUGCAGUGACCUGGGAAACUGCACAACUGGCUGGGGCUGCAGGCUGUGAAGCAGCUGUUAGAAACACUGAACGGCAUUGGGAGGUGUCAUCCAUGAAAGCUGCUAUUCCACACAUCCUUCUCUUGACGUCCCGCUAUAUCAUAUCAGCUGUAAGCUUCGUCAGCCCCAGGCUGGUGAUGGUGAGUCCAACUUCAGAGCAGUAUGACAGCUUGCUCCGGCAGAUGUCAGAGAGAAUUGAUGAGGGAUGUGGGGAGACCAUCUAUGUCAUUGGGCAAGGAUCGGAUGGGACUGAAUACGGUCUGAGCGAGGCAGACAUGGAAGCAUCCUAUGCCACGUUGAAGAGCAUGGCAGAGCAGAUCGAGGCAGACGUGAUCCUCCUGCGGGAGCACCAGGAGGCCGGGGGCAAGGUGCGCGACUACCUCGUUCGAAAACGUGUGGGUGACAACGACUUCCUGGAGGUCAGGGUAGCAGUGGUUGGCAAUGUGGAUGCAGGAAAGAGCACGUUGCUAGGUGUCUUGACACAUGGCGAACUAGACAAUGGCCGAGGCUUUGCUCGGCAAAAGCUCUUCCGCCAUAAGCAUGAGAUUGAGUCAGGCCGUACCAGCAGCGUGGGCAAUGACAUUCUGGGCUUCGACAGUGAAGGCAAUGUGGUGAACAAGCCCGACAGCCAUGGUGGCAGCUUGGAAUGGACAAAGAUCUGUGAGAAAUCCACCAAGGUCAUUACUUUCAUUGACCUGGCUGGUCACGAGAAGUACCUGAAAACCACCGUCUUUGGCAUGACCGGCCAUUUACCUGACUUCUGCAUGCUUAUGGUUGGCAGUAACGCUGGGAUUGUUGGAAUGACCAAGGAGCACUUGGGCCUGGCGCUUGCACUUAAUGUUCCCGUCUUUGUUGUGGUGACCAAGAUCGACAUGUGCCCUGCCAACAUCCUGCAAGAAACCCUGAAGCUGUUACAGCGACUGCUGAAGUCCCCAGGGUGCAGGAAGAUUCCCGUGCUGGUUCAGAGCAAGGAUGAUGUCAUUGUAACAGCCUCCAACUUCAGCUCAGAGAGGAUGUGCCCGAUUUUCCAGAUUUCAAAUGUUACUGGAGAGAACCUAGAUUUGCUGAAGAUGUUUCUUAAUCUCUUGUCUCCGCGGACCAGUUACAGGGAAGAAGAGCCAGCAGAAUUCCAGAUAGAUGAUACUUACUCUGUCCCGGGUGUAGGAACAGUUGUGUCUGGGACAACACUGAGAGGCCUAAUCAAGCUAAAUGACACCCUGCUUCUGGGGCCAGAUCCCCUUGGCAACUUCCUACCUAUUGCUGUCAAGUCCAUCCACCGCAAGAGAAUGCCUGUCAAAGAAGUGCGGGGAGGCCAGACUGCCUCCUUUGCUUUGAAAAAGAUCAAGCGUUCUUCCAUCCGGAAAGGCAUGGUAAUGGUGUCACCCCGCCUGAAUCCACAAGCAUCGUGGGAGUUUGAAGCAGAAAUUCUGGUGCUCCAUCACCCCACCACCAUCAGUCCACGAUAUCAGGCCAUGGUGCAUUGUGGCAGCAUCCGUCAGACGGCCACGAUUCUCAGCAUGGACAAGGACUGCCUGCGGACGGGGGACAAAGCCACAGUGCACUUUCGCUUCAUCAAAACCCCGGAAUAUUUGCAUAUAGACCAGCGUCUGGUCUUCCGUGAAGGCCGCACCAAAGCUGUGGGUACCAUCACUAAGUUACUCCAGACCACCAAUAACUCACCGAUGAACUCCAAGCCACAGCAGAUCAAGAUGCAGUCAACCAAGAAGGGAGCUGUUACAAAACGAGAGGAUGGUGUUCCCCCAGCUGGGACGGCAGCUGGAGGCCCACCAGCUGGGGACGAGGCCCCCUCAACAGCCGCAGCGCCACUGACACCUACUGCCCUGCAACCAUUGUCAAAAGUCGGAGGAGGAGGCCGGCGACGUGGGGGUCAGCGCCAUAAAGUGAAGUCUCAGGGAGCCUGUGUGACUCCUGCCCGUGGCUGCUGAAUUUCUUACUCCUCCUCCCUCUGAGGAAUUCCUCCCCUUCCCUUCAUUUCUUAUCCAAAAGAUCCAGAGCAGCUUAAACCAAAACCCAUCCCAGCUGAUUGGCUGCAGAAGAAUCGUCCCUCCUCCCUGAAGGAAGUGAUGGAGAGGAGCAUAAUUUAUAAGCUAAUGAAGGUGGUAAGACACACAGAACUGAGUAACUGACACCUUCCUCCUCCCCCUGUCGACACAUUUUUGUACAUCAUGGGCUUAGUUUUUAUUCUUACUAGUUUUUAUUAUAUUUUGUGUGCAUGAAGAUGAGGAGAGUCUGGAUAGAACUGCAAAGAGCCAGUUAGCUGCCUCCCUCCUCCCUCGCCCCAUUCUGUCCACAGGACUUGCUGCUCUCCUCCUGUUUGCUGUCUCAGAUCAGGGGUUACCAAACGCCUGAAAUCUCAGACUUGCAAAAGUUAAAACACGAUGCUUAGGAUGGCUCCACAGGGCAUUGUUUCCUCACCACUGUGGCCCCGUGCCAAAUAUGUUUCUGGAUUCCCUUCAUCUUAAACUAUUUCUAAGUGGAUUUAAUUUAAUGUUGUAGUGACUGAAGUUUGAAGGAGGUGGUAAGAAAGUUCAUUAGUUGGAGAUCCAAGAGGGAAACAAAUUGGAAAGCAGUUCUUGAUGUUAAGUUGAGGAAUCCUGUAUUAAAUAUCCUUGUCAAAUACAUUGAUAGCACUUAAAAUUUUAAUUAGAGACAGAAUUAAAUGGGCAGCCAUUUGCCCAUCCUGUUCCCCUUUGCAUCAUGCUGCUUUUCCUAUUGUUUGUCCAGUGCACAUUGGAGCAAAUCUAACCUGCCUCUCAAGGCUGCGGCAGCUCAAUUGACAGUAUUAGGAAUAUAGUGCAGGAACGCUCGGUCCGUCCCUUGAGCCAAAGAAAGCCUUCUCACCUCGAUGGACAGAGAUCACAGGUGGCAAUACACCCUUGGAACAGAGACACCAGGCAAACCUGACCUCCCCUUGAUUUUGUUUACUCCAAGAUUUCCCAAAUCUUUUCUGGAACUCACUGGCCAAACUUUGCCAUGGCAGAGGUAGGAUUUGUCUUCUCCCCUCUUGGCUGAAGAGGGCAAUGAUGAAUUGGUACCAAAUUUACAGAAGUGCUUUCAGGUUUGGAAGUACGUGGUAGUUUUUCUGACUUUUUUUUUUUUUAAAGAUUUUUUUUUUUUUUAAUGACAAAUUCUGGUUUCUCCAGAAAGGCCCUGUAAGGAGGGUCUAUGAAUUAACUGUAUUGUUAUCAUGUUUUUUUCUUAAUCCUGAGUUGUGCAAGUGACCAAUUCCCAGUUUAUUUUGAUCUCUCUUCUUCUAAUCCUGCCUCUUCCCUUGGCUCCUGUGAGGACAGGCGUUAUCCGCUGCCGGCUUGUGGUGAGCUGUGGGAGCGCAGUAGCAUUUUGAGGGAGGAAGUGGCAUCCUCAGCAAAUCCUUGCUCACCCCAGCAGGCGCGGUCAGCCUUGGUUUCUUUGAGGGCUUCCUCCUCCACUGAAGGACUUUUAUUUUGAUUAAAGGGAGACUGAAGUGUUUCUGUCCCUCCUUAGCGGGUUGUUCCUGUUUCUCACUCUGUGGCAUCUGUGUGGAGUUCAUUCCAGUUCACCUUGUGAUUCGAGGUAGGCUUUCAAGCCGACUGAGGGCCAGCGGGCUCAGGGGAGGGGAGAGCGCAUCUCCCAACGCCAGCACCAGCACGCCAAGAGCAUUAAGUGGCGUGGGAGAGGUGAGGAACGUGGUUUGGAGACGAGGGUACUUUGCCUUAGAGACUGCAGUGGCCCAAGUGUGGGUGGAAAGCGGGGAGGUCAGACAGUCCUUUCCAAGCUAUGUGCCUAAAUACCAGCGCUCUCCUGGCGAGGGAGGAACUAUAGGUGGCUACAACACUAAUAGCACCCGCAUUGUGAGGGGGUGUGAAGUGUGGCUAAGCAAGGCAUGAGGGCCUGGUUUGUUUUGUCUUCUGGCCCUGUAGCAGCAUCAAACUGCAUCUGAUGUCACCGCCCUCUGCUUCCGAGGGGAGCAGGGAGGUCCAGGUGGUUUUCUCUUUCUCCAUUCCUUGUACUCCAAAUGAAGGAGACUGCUGAGACUGGAAGAGGGUUUACUUCAGUUUGUGCAAAGGAGGUGGUGUGAUCUCUCUCUUGUGACCAGCAUUCAAAGAUCACUCAGGCUGGUGUGAUCUAUAAAAUAAAUUUUAAAAAAGUUUGUUCCAAGUUAAAGUAUGUCUUGUUGCUUUUUGUCCCUCUGGAAAUCCAGCAGUGGCUGCUGUAACGCCGAAAGCCAGACCAAGCGCGUUUGCCUGGCACCGUGCUCCUUUGCUGGCUGCGAGAGGAGGCUGUGUCCGUAGUGACGGCAGGGGAGG